UAUUUAACCUUUAUUUAUUCUGUACAAUGUCUCUCCUCUAAGUAGUUCCCCAUAACAAAGCCUCUUGCAAGCUAACGAAUGAGGCUGUGCCUGCCAGAAAUGCAUGUCGAGUAAGAUUUGCCAUACGAUAUAACAAUGGCAUAGACAAUAUACAGUACAUGUUAGGGAUCUUUCUGUAGCUUGUAAUUUUAGUUUGUAGUACAAUUGACGUUGCGUAAGCUGACAACAACAAGAGCAACCUCGAGUGGCUCAAACACUGGCUAGCCAGCUAGUUAGAUAGCUCACUUUAACGAAAUGUUCACAUAAGAUUUAGCUUAAAUUUAKCUUAGUAUAAUCCGACUCGGUUCUCAUUCUUCAAUUUGAACACAUUUAGCUGAGUUUGCCAAGCAGCCUUUCAGCAUCCUGGUCUACCCCUCUCCUGCUCCUGCUCCUGCUCCUCCUCUCCUAUCUCAUCUUGGUCCUGUGCAGUAUGACAAUGCGUGUGGAUGCCAAAGUAGUUAUGCUUGGGAAGGAGAGUGUAGGCAAGACCAGCCUUGUAGAGAGAUAUGUCCACCAUCGCUUUCUCGUUGGCCCCUACCAGAACACUAUUGGGGCUGCAUUCGUUGCCAAACCAAUCCAGGUGGGAGACAAGGUGGUUACCCUGGGAAUAUGGGACACGGCUGGAUCAGAGCGCUACGAGGCUAUGAGUAGAAUCUACUACAGAGGAGCCAGGGCUGCCAUUGUCUGCUAUGAUUUGACAGACACCAGCAGUUUCCAGCGAGCUAAAUUCUGGGUGAAGGAGGUGCAAAACUGUGAAGAGCACUGCAAGAUAUACCUGUGUGGCACAAAGGUUGACCUGAUUGAGAGUGACCGGGGCCUGCGGCAAGUAGACUACCAUGAUGUUCAGGACUUUGCUGAUGAAAUUGGGGCUCAGCAUUUUGAAACAUCCAGUAAAACAGGCAACUACGUGGAUGAGCUGUUCCAAAAAGUUGCAGAGGACUUUAAUAGCAUCUCCUUCCAAUUCAUGACCGAAGAGACAGGUAUUGACUUGGGUCAGAAGAAGGACUCUUAUUUCUAUUCCUGCUGCCACAAUUAAGCCUUUACUGGUAGACAGCGGUCACUUGCCCUAAAACCAACCUGGAAAUGUUGGAUGGAUGCUAGACAGUCCACCUGGAGCCUGUUCAUUUAAAAUCAGAGAAAGAAAGAGAGGAGUCCAAGCAGUACUGUGUUUUUUUGGUUGCUUUUUUCAGUUGUGCCAUAGAAGGCUAAAUGCUCACUGCAUUUAAAGGAGUGCUCAUAAUGAUUGGACUUCCCCUCUCUCAGGACAAAAUACCUGCCAAGGGGGAUAUCGGAAUGAAGCAGACAGGGAAAUGGCACUUCAACCCCACUUUUAAAAAAGCCUUGUUUUCCUUAGUGUCUAUCAACUCACCUUAAUGCCACUACACACUUCAUGCAAACAGAGCAACGGAGCAUCGCAUACGAUCCAUUCCCCAAUUUUUGCCAAACAAAAAUAUGUAGAACUAUGUGUGACAACUACUCUGUCGCUGCGUUUAUGUAGUUGGAUAGAAGUGUAUAGGGCCAUUUAGGGACAGUUCAAAGUUUACUGGGGUGGGGUUAGUUUGUCCAACUCGAGGUGU